AUGUGGACUUCACCAAAGAAUCACUUGGACCUUUCAAGGCAACACACCAUACAACUGAAGACACACAAAAGCUGCAUUAUUUUUCAAUAUCAAAGACUAAAUCACCAUGAAGAUAACAUUGAUGUUUCUCACUUUGGCCUUAGAGUAUGUGCCCCAGUGUGCCACAAGGUCUGCAAUAUUGGACGCAAGCGCCGUUCAGUUGUUAAUAACGAAGAUGAACUACCAUUUUCAUCUGAUUUCUUCAAGUACGACGUGAAUUAUGAUGAUGUCAUAACACUUACAGAGUUCGCAGAUGCUAUCGACUCAACUCCAGAUGAAUGCAUUGAUGUAUUUGGAACUACUGAUCAAAACAAUGAUGGUGUCUUAGACAUGAGUGAAUUCAUGAACGGACCAUUCCGAUUCAGUUCUGAGUAA